GGGACUGCUUGACUGGUGACGGAGGUGACGUUACGUUUCAUGGUGUCAUCACAGGAAGUGAGCCGAUGAGAGUUUCCUGGCUGCACAAUGGGGUAACGGUGAAUUCCGGUAGCGCUUCCUUCAAGACAAGUGUUGCCUGUCUGACCCUAACUCGGUGCUCAACUGGAAAUGCUGGAGUGUACACCUGCGUGGCCGAAAAUAGUGCAGGAAAAAGAUCAAGCAGUGGUGUUUUACAAAUCACAGGAGCAGCAACGAACUGUGACACAUUCAAGGCUGCAGCGCAUGGAAACAAUAACCUGUCCUCAACUGCUGAAGGAAAAAACCAUCGCAGAGAGGACACAGUUAUCAGAGGCACCAGCGUUCAAGCAAAAGUCCCCACAAACAAAGGGCCUUCUGUAUUGUUCCUUGACCCACCAGAGAAGGUUGAGGCUUGUGUGGGUGAGCAGGCUCGGCUAAAGUGUGAGUUCAAGAGCGGCUCUCUUCCUGUGGCCUGCUGCUGGAUUUACAACAAACGCAAAGUGGUGGCGGGAGGCCCUCGGACUUCAGUUCAGAGGACGGUGUCCCAAAGCAGCGUGGAGAUCUCCAAAGUUGUCCCAGAAGACGCAGGCUCAUACACUAUUGUUGUCCAAAACAGAUUCGGCUCUGCUCAGCACACAGUGUCUCUCAGUGUUGUAGACCGACCUACUCCACCAUCGUCCCAGCCCCUAGCUUCCAGGGUGUCAACCCAAUCCCUGGUUCUCUCCUGGACCGGCCCAAGCUACGACGGAGGCACCGCUGUGCUGGGAUACAUUGUAGAAGCCAGUCCAGUAGUCCCCAACAAGCCUGGGAGCUGGACUGAAAUAAGCAGGUGUGAAAACACAUCGUACCACAUUCACUCGGGCUUGGAGCCUCUGGGACGGUACUGGUUCCGCGUCAGAGCGUACAACUCGGUAGGGAUCAGCGAGCCGAGCCGGGAGUCUGAGUGUGUCAAGAUGGCGACUGCAAAGGAAAAGAAAGGAGAGCCAGAGUCGUACGUUACUGUCACCAUUGACACCAAACACAAGGUCAGGGAUCAUUACAAUGUGCACGAGAAACUGGGAGUUGGAAAGUUUGGCGAGGUGUACCGGUUGACUCACAAGGAGACGGGUCAAGAGAGUGCGGCCAAGUUCUACCGAGCCCGAACUUCCAAGGAUAAGUCAGCAGCUCGCAAAGAAAUCCAACUCAUGAACAAGCUUCAGCACCCAAAGAUUGUCCAGUGUCUGGCUGCCUACGAUACUCGUUCAGAGAUGGCCAUGGUCAUGGAGUACAUCGCAGGCGGGGAACUCUUUGAACGCAUCGUGGACGACCACUUUGAGCACACAGAGCCCACCAGUGCUCGCUACAUGCAGCAGAUCCUGGAGGGCAUGCAGUACGUUCACAAGCAGAACAUCAUCCACCUGGACCUCAAACCGGAGAACAUUGUCUGCGUGGAUCCGUCCGGCACACGGAUCAAGAUAAUUGACUUUGGCUUAGCCACUGAACUAGAGAAGGGUAAACCUGUGAUGGUGAUGCAUGGCACUCCAGAGUUUGUGGCACCUGAGGUGGUCAACUACGAGCCCGUGGGGUUGGAGACGGACAUGUGGAGCAUUGGAGUGAUCUGCUUCAUUUUGCUCAGUGGCGAAUCCCCGUUCCAAGGGAACAACGACGCAGAGACUUUAGCUCUUGUGACGGCCGCUGACUUCGAGUUUGACCCUGAGAGUUUCGAAGACAUCUCUGCUGAGGCCAAAGACUUUAUUAGCUCCCUGCUGAUGAAAGAUCGAAGAGCCAGGCUGUCCUGCACGGAGGCCCUCGCCCACUCCUGGAUGGCUUCGUUUACCCCUCUGAACCGCAGACCCACUAAAUCCCUGAGGAAAGACAAGAUGAAGCAUUUUCUGGCCAGACGCAAAUGGAAGAAAACUGGCCAAGCUGUCCUGGCCCUGAAACGCAUCGCUAACCUCUCCAGCAGGCCAGACUCUCCUGGCGGUUCCUUUGAGGAGCCAGCCUGGAGCCGGGAGGCAGAGGAGGCCAUCCGGUCUCUGGACAAGCAGCUGCAGAGCGAGCCUCGCUUCCAGCGGGCCCUGAGGGACGCCAGCCUUCCCAAGGGAGCGACUGCUGAGCUGACCUGCCUCGUUGAUGGGCACCCACAGCCUGAGGUGAAGUGGCUUCAUAACGGCCAGCUGUUGUCUGACUCGAGCAAGGCGACUGUGCAGCAGCUCGAAGACGGACUCUGUUCUCUGGUUCUGGUUGAUCUGACGCCCUCCGACUCGGGGGUCUACGCGUGCAGAGCCAAAAACCAGCUGGGGGAAGCGAUGUGCGCUGCCAAACUGCACGUGGAGCUUUAAGAGAAUGUGAGCAGGCAGGGGUAGGAUUUCCUUUAUGCGUAAACCUGCACCGUUUUCACGAGUUUAUCACAAACUAAAAUGUCAAAAAGAUUUUAGAUGCUUUAGUUUCACUUUUUUUUUUUUUUUACUGUUAGUGCACUUUGUAUCUUUUAAUAUGUGGCUAUUGUUUUUAAACACAAGGUGAUGAGACGCUACCAGGGCUGAGAUUAGUUUUAUAAAUCUCGCAAUAAAUGCACAUUUUGUAUAUUAGGGCUAUUGUUCACAUAUAAACGUUUAUAAAGGCAACAUUUUAAAGAAGUGUCUUUUCUGUGGAGUGGAAUGUUCUAAACGAGGAAAAGG